GGGGGCUUUAUACAACAUAUGUUCAGAAAUUAGUCACCACCACGUGUAACAUAUGCAGUCUACUGAAACUAUCACUAACUGGUUUUCAAGUUUGAAGCAGAUCGAUAUAUUCUAACCAACAGACCAAAAUCAAAAAACCAAAUCGACGAAUUCAACAAAAUCGAGCAAUAUCUAAUACUUAGAAGAAUACCAGAAACUACUUCUUCCUUAUCAGCGUAGUUCAUAUACCUAACACCUGUAUUUUACUUUUGUAUGUGCAUCAAUCACCGAGAAAAAAAAACGUUGAUGACGAAUGUAUAGUUCUUGGCAAUACCAUGAAAAUAUUCCAGAAAUAUAUUGCCCUUAUAGCCUUCAUAUUUAUGGCUGUUUAUAUUUGGCAAAUGGUGAAUAAGAUAAAUUUAACAGCAUCAAACAAUAAAAGAUCUUCACAAAAUGGACACCGAAACCGGAAGUUUGUGGAUAAACCGUGUAUCGUGGACAAUUGGACUCGUAUUGACCAAACAACAGAAUCAUUGAAUCGUGAUAUAUUUUGUGAUGAAUUUGCUGAACAAUCUGAUAUUUUAUGUCGGUGGUAUCUUGAUCAACAAAACAUAACAGAUCAUAAAACAUGUCUUCUACCUCAAGAUGGCUACAAAGUUCCUAAUGUCGUGUUUUAUGUUACGUUUGGUCAUUACGAGUUUACGUUACUACAUUAUAUGUGUAUUCUAAGUGCCAAGAAGAUCCAAAGACCAUUAGCUAUUUAUGUGAUAGGAGAUGAGCAGCCGUUAGGGAAAUGGUGGAAAAAGCUUUGUCAAGAUGUCUCUGAUCUCAGAUUUAUACGCAGACAACAGCCUAAAGAAAUAUUUGGUAUUCAUGUUUACUGGGUUGCUCAUGCGUCUGAUAUAGUUCGUCUUCAAAUUCUUUUAGCAAAUGGAGGCAUUUACAUGGAUACCGACCAAAUUUUUGUAAAGAACUUUAAUCCAAUCAGGAACUAUACAAUUACAAUGGGUAUUAUCGACCGCUUUACUGGAAUGGGUAAUGCUGUUAUUUCCACAGAACGUCAUUCCACGUUCUUGCAACAAAUAUAUGAUAAUUAUCGAACUUAUAAUUCAACGAACUAUUAUAAAAAUUCGCUUAAAUAUUCUUACGAAUUGUGGGAACGGAAUCACAAAGCACUUCAUCUGGAAUCGUUAACUUUUUAUCGACCCCUGUGGUCGGAGCUUCAUAAGCUGUAUAAUACCACAGGAUUUAAUUGGAGGAAACGAUAUGCUGUCCAUAUCUGGUCCCGAGAAAAAAAAUACCCUCUGCCAGAAACUAUAUCAGAUGUUGAUAAAUUGAACACAACAUUAGGAGAAUUGUUCCGGCAUGUAUAUUACGGUGACUCUAGAUUGAGAUUGUAA